AUGAAUGUUUAUUUACAGUUGAUGUCACCAUCUGAAAAAGACAAGUUAAGAGCAAAUCCUGAAAAGCGAAAAGCCGAGGAUUCCGAUCAAAUUAAGGAUUUGAAAAAGGCAAAACUAGAGACGAAGGCGUUAAAAGCCAAACGACCAGGCUUCACGGAUGAACGUUAUCACGAGACAUCUUAUUAUAUUGAAAAUGGGCUACGAAAAGUAUACCCAUAUUAUUUCACUUUUACUACGUUCACCAAAGGACGUUGGGUUGGCGAAAAAAUUCUCGACGUUUUUGCACGUGAGUUUCGUGCACAUCCGGCUGAGGAGUAUGAACGCUGCAUUAGGGCCGGGACGCUAACCGUUAAUUAUGAGAAGGUGCCAAUCGAUUAUAGGUUGAAGCACAACGACUUGUUAGCCAAUAUUGUGCACAGGUAA